AUGCUACACCUGAGGAAGGCACUGUUAAGCGUAUUGUUAUUUGUCACCAUCCGAAUGACUAAUGUCGAAAGUGUUAAGAAGAAUCUGUUGCAUUACGUAAAAAACUAUAAUCCCUGCGACAGCUUCGUUAGGGGCGUUCGAAGUACACACACAAAAGGCACCAUCCGUGCGUCACAAAAUCCAAUUUCCACUACCCCAAAUGGGGACAACAGUGCAAUAUACACCCCUCCCAUUAGUGGGAACAAGUUGAACUACCCAACUCUGGAAAAUAACACCUAUGAAGAAGCCCUAAAAAUAAUCUCCGACAAAUUAGAGACACUAAAAGAAGAAAACACGGACAAUGUAGAACACAUCGAUACAUUCUCUGGGUUCUUAAAAAACUACUUUGAUGAAAUGAAAAGACAUAAAUCUUGUCCUCCACAAAUAUUUUUAGAAAAUUUUUUAAAGUACAUAGAAUCCUUCAAAAAAUAUAGAUACUAUACCUUUCCAAAUGUUCACAGAUAUGAUGAAAGCUUACACGAAUGGUCCUUACAAUUCUGGUCCCAAUUGAUAGAUAAAGAAAACUCUAAAUUUAGGGGCACUCAACAUAUUGAGAAAAUGCAAAAAUGGAUAGAACAAGGACACAACAUUAUCAUAUUCAGUAAUCACCAUAUAGAAGCUGAUGCAAAUAUAAUUAAAUAUUUUUUUCAUAUUCAUAACGCUAGUAACAUUUCCCGAAAAAUUAUUUUUAUUGGGGGUCAUAAAAUAAGGGCAGAUCCUUUAUCGAGGCCAUUUAGCGUUUCAGCUAACCUGCUUUGCAUUUAUUCCAAAAAAUAUAUUGAGAACCCCCCCGAACUUAGAGAAGAAAAAAUCAUGUUCAACCAUAAAUCUUUAAACGCUUUGAAAAACUUAUUAGCAGAAGGGAGAAAUAUCAUUUGGCUAGCUCCCAGUGGGGGCAGAGACAGGAAAGACCCUCAUGGGAACAUUAAAAUUUCUACCUUUGAUCCCAAAAUUAUACAAACUUUUCACAUCUUUGCAAAACGGGCAAAAAUAAAAACGCAUUUCAUAGGACUCGCACUGAACACGUACAAUAUAUGUCCUCCUUCCAACACGAUCGAUGUUGACGAAAUAGAAAAACAGCGAUCGUGUGCAUACUCCCCCGUGGGGCUUAAUCUAGGGGAAGACAUUUUUGAGGUGUAUCCCACCAUGGACGAAAAAGAGAUAACAAAAAAGUUGUACACCUAUGUGAGUCGGCUGUAUAGUGAAAUAUGCUAA